AUGAAUUAUUCUAAUGAGGAAAAGAUUAACAUGUUAGCUUGCUACAACGAAACCGGGAGAAACUCUAGAGCUGCAACAAGGUUAUAUAAAAAUUGGUAUCCUGAUCGCCCUUGUCUGGCACAUUCGCCGUUCUCUUAUUUGUAUAAAAAUCUGCACGAUUUUGGAGGGUUCCAGCGAACAAAACGUAGAAUUUGUACGGUUACCAAUGAAGAAAAUUCAUUUGCAGUUUUGGCCAAGUUCAGUGAAAAUCCACAAAUAUCCUUGAGAGUUGUAGCAGAUGAAUUGAACAUAUCAUAUUCUUCUGUUCAAAAAAUUGCGAGAAAAUAUAAAUAUCACGCAUACCUGUAUUCCCCUGUUCAAUUUCUCCAACCAAAUGACUAUGAAAGGCGUGUUAAUUAUGUAGCUCACAUCAUGGUGGAAUCAGACGAAGAUCCACAUUUUUUAAAAAAGAUUAUGUGGACUGAUGAAGCAAGGUUUCACAACAAUGGCACUGUAAAUCAUCAUAAUAAUCACUUUUGGGGUGAUUCAAAUCCUCACCUUUUUAGUGAGACUCACAAGCAAGUGCGUUGGGGAGUUAAUGUAUGGUGUGGAAUAAUUGAUGAGUUUUUAGUAGGUCCAUAUUUUUUUGAAGAAAAUCUUAAUGGAAACAGAUAUCUUGAUUUCUUAAAAAAAGAUUUGCCACUUUUGAUGGAAAAUAUUCCACUUCAACAGCGUUUGGAUUUAAUAUGGCAGCAAGAUGGCGCACCAGCCCACAAUACCCUAGCUGUACGUGCAUACUUGAACAAACUUUAUGGGAAUAACUGGUUUGGAACCCAUAGCCCCAAAAUACAAAGGCCACCACGUUCACCUGAUUUGAGUGUUCUGGACUUUUUUUUGGGGGGGUAUCUAAAAAAUGAAGUUUACAAAGAAGAAUUAAAGAAUGUAGAAGAGCUCAAAACAAAAAUAAAGGAAUGCUGCAAAAAAAUUAAAUCUUCAGUGAUAAGUAAAGCUACAUCAACUGAAGUGAUUAUUUUGUUUAGCCGAAAAUGGCAAACAGUUCGAACAUUUAUUAAAAUAUAA